GUAUAUACAAAUGUACAUACAUAUGAAUACCGUACGUAUUUUGUAACGAAGAACAAAAAUGAAUGUUAGCGAUUUAAUCUAACAUUUUUAAGGACAAUAUACUUAAAAUUCUUAUUAAUUGCGUUUAUAUAAAUUUUCAAUAUACUACAAGUGAGAACGUAUGGGUUAAUGAAAUGUUUCAAAAAAACGUUACUUAUUAACGUUAAUAGACCGAAGAGAAUUGGCACAAUACGCAUGUUUUGCUUGAAGCUAUGACUAAACCAAAAAAGAAAGAAAAAUGCACGAAAGAAUAAUAAAUAAAAACAUUUUUAAACAUUUGUAUUAUAUAUUUUUUUACAAAACAAAUUAUUUAAUAGGUUAAAUGUCCAUGUUCGUGUAGUGUUUUUAUCUUAUGCAAUACUAUAUUUAUUUUAACAAAUUAAUACUUGAUAUUAUUUGAUUUGUAUAAAUAUAUAGAAUUGUUACUAUGUGGCAUCAACAAGUUUUUGCUCUCGAUGCUAAAUACAAUGCACAACGUGUAAAUAAAUUACCUACUUUAGGAAUGCUUUAUAUUCGUCGUAGAAAUCAACUGUUAAAAGAAAAGUUUUGUAAAGAUCCAAAAAUCAGAGAAAAUUAUAUAAAACUAAGAGCAAAACUGUUAUUUCUGCGAUAUGGCGAAAACUUAGAACAAAAUAGUUUUAGUAGUUAUACAACUGAAGAAGAGAAAUCUGAAAUUAAAACAAAACUUUAUAAUAUACAACGAAAAUCAAUUGCAGAAAGUUUUGCCUUUGAUGGAAUGCAUCAUGUUUUUGAUCAACACAAUGCACCUGUAAUGAUGCUUAAGUUUGCAAAUAAUGAUAGAUCAAAGUUAUGUUGUGCAUCAUUAGAUGGAUUAUUAUCGAUAUGUGAUGCUAUCAGUACUCCUCCAAAAGUGAUAGCUUUAUUGGAAGGACAUAAAAAAGGUGUCACUGCAUUAGACUGGAGUAUUAGUAAUGACCUUAUAGUUUCAUCUUCUCUAGAUGGUACAAUAAGACUUUGGAAUGUCCUGAAUCCAGAAAAUAAUCCAACUUGUUUACGAGUGGUUAAUGAUCAACAGCGAGCAGAAGUUUUAUGCUGUGGAUUUAUACCCAUAAAUAAUAAUUUGAUUGUUGCUGGUAAUUCUCAAGGACUAGUACAGAUUUUGAAUAUAUCUACUGGUAUAUAUACUCGCAACGGAUCUUGCAAAAUUGGUGGAAAAAUUCUGUCAUUAACUUGUGAGGGUAGCGGUGGUUCCAUAAUAUGGGUUGGAAAUGAUAGAGGAGUUAUUAUGUCAUUUCAAUUGGAAUCAGGAUCAGGACGAUUAACGAAAUUAAAGAGAGUACAAGAAAUUGGUGGAAUGAUAAGUAGUCUUUCUUGGCGUUCAUGGCUUUCAAAAGAUGCUCCAUGGCCAGCACUUUUAGUGAGCAGUGCUUGUAAUGUAGUAAUAUUGUACCAUAUUAUUGACAAUCAAGGUUCUUUAUCUCUGUGGACAAAAUAUCCAAUAAAACACAAACAAUACCUUGUGAGAUCUACUUUUUGCCCACAAAUGGAAACAUGUUUAAUAGCCACUGGUUCUGAAGAUGGUACAAUACAUUUAUUGGAUUCAGCAAGAAAGGGCAAAGCAGCAAAAAUCAACCGACUUGAAGGUCACGCAACACCGACAAUUGCUUUAUCUUUUAAUUAUGAUGAAUCUCUUCUUGCAUCUGCGGAUUAUCAAGGACUUAUUAUUUUAUGGCGUAAUCGUCAACGUCAUAUAUAAACUUUUAAUAAUGUACAAACAUAAAAUAAUAUUAUACAAACAUUUUAUAAAAAUAAUUACUAUAAGUAAAAUAUUUAUAAUAAAAUUUUAAAUGUUCUUUAUCUGUCUUGGAACUUGAGCAAAUUAAUUAUGUCAUCUGUAUUUUAUCCGAUACUAUAUCAAAUUUUUAUGAUUUUCUGCAGAAAUAAACUAAAAUUAGCGAAGUUAAUCAAAAUACACGAAACUAAAAUAUUUCGUACGUAAAUGUGUAUGUUAUAACGGUAUAGGAAAUAAUAACAAUGAAACACAUAUUCUGUUUAAAUCAAUGUCUGCUUUGUAUAACAAUAUAUUAAUCGUUCUCUAUUAGUAUCCUAUGUAUUAUAAUGAGCAUGAAGUUAGCAUUAUCAAUAGUGAUAAUAGUAAUAGUAAUUGUAAUGGUAGUAAAACUGCAUAAUAAUCGCAGUGCUAUUAAUAGUAGUUAUAACAUGUACGUUUUCGAUUUCACAUAUGUUAAUGAAAUUAUAUAUCGGUGCAAAUAUCAAGUAUAUUGGUAUUAUUUGUAUUUUUUAAUAUUUUUUAUUAAUCUAAUCUAUUCUGCCGCUAUGUUAUGAUUUACUUUUGUUGUAGCAACAUUGGAAACUUUGAAAGAUACUUCCCAAAAAUUGUAUAAUAUUAAUAAUUAACAAUUACUAACAUA